UGCCAACUACUGUAUUUGCAAUUUCGCAAAAAACUCUGCCAAAAAACCUCUUGCGCUUGCAGAAAACGCAACGUCAUACUCAUAACUCAUUUAGCGAGCCUCCCAAAGCUCUCCAACAAUUUCCCACUCUUUUAUAAGUGGGAGAAAACCCCCCAUUUUCUCUCUCUUCGAUUGACUGAAUCUGUCUCUCUCUCUUUAGAUCUCUCUUUUUCUGAUUAUAUCGUCUUUAGGAGAGAGAAAGAGUAAGAGAUAACCACAAUGGCAGAUCAGACCGCCGCUAAGCCUGCCGGAGUUUGGCCCACCGUUAAACCCUUCGUUAAUGGCGGUGCCUCCGGUAUGCUCGCUACCUGUGUCAUUCAACCCAUCGAUAUGAUAAAGGUGAGAAUUCAAUUGGGUCAGGGAUCAGCUGUUCAGGUGACCAAGAACAUGCUUGCAAACGAGGGUAUUGGUACCUUCUACAAGGGUUUGUCUGCUGGGUUGCUUAGGCAAGCCACAUAUACAACAGCAAGACUUGGGUCUUUCAAGAUAUUGACGAACAAAGCUAUAGCUGCCAAUGAUGGGAAGCCUUUGCCUUUGUACCAAAAGGCUCUUUGUGGAUUAACUGCUGGUGCUAUUGGAGCAUCUGUUGGUAGUCCUGCUGAUCUUGCACUCAUUCGUAUGCAAGCUGAUGCUACUUUGCCAGCUGCUCAACGAAGACACUACAAGAAUGCAUUCCAUGCUCUUUACAGAAUUGUUUCUGACGAGGGAGUUUUGUCACUCUGGAAAGGUGCAGGUCCAACAGUUGUAAGAGCUAUGGCAUUGAACAUGGGUAUGCUUGCCUCUUAUGAUCAAUCUGUGGAGUUCUUCAGGGAUAACGUCGGCCUUGGUGAAGGUGCUACUAUUGUAGGUGCUAGUGCUGUUUCUGGAUUCUUCGCUGCUGCUUGCAGUCUACCAUUUGAUUAUGUGAAAACACAAAUACAGAAAAUGCAGCCUGAUGCUACUGGGAAGUAUCCAUAUACUGGUUCGUUGGACUGUACAAUGAAAACAUUGAAAGCUGGUGGCCCCUUGAAAUUCUACACUGGAUUUCCUGUCUACUGUGUUAGAAUUGCCCCACACGUCAUGAUGACAUGGAUUUUCCUGAACCAAAUUAACAAGUUUGAGAAGAAAAUUGGAUUGUAGAUCAGAGACAAGGUGUGAUGCAGCUCUAAUAGUGAACCUUAAUAUUCACAACUCUGAUUGCUGGUUUCAGGGCUCAGCAAGCAAAGAAUGUUGUUUUAUCUUUUUAUGGAAUUAAAGCUUUAAAAUUUUGCUGGAACUGUAAUAAAUUAGCAAAAACAAUCGUAUUAGAAUUACAUGAUUCUUUUGGGAUAGGUUGAAGCCAUCCUUAGCCAUAGCUGAAUUAGUUAUGUCGUCUUUUGGAUGAUAUGUUAGAGUUGAGACUAUUAUUAAUACAUUGCGGAAGUUGUAAGCUCAGCCAUAACGUGGUUGAUUUCUUUGUCA